GUCUCGUAGUUGAUCAGUACAGCCAGCGCUUGUUCUGGGCUGAUUUUGAAUUAUCUGUUAUUGGCAGUGUCCUUUUUGAUGGCUCCGAUUCAGUUGUGUCUGUGAGCACAAAACAAGGUUUACUGCAUCCACAUAGAAUCGACAUUUUUGAGGAUUACAUAUAUGGAGCAGGCCCCAAAAAUGGUGCAUUUAGAGUGCACAAAUUUGGCAGGAGCCUUGUAGAAUACCUAAGUGUGGAUGUUGAUAAAGCAAAAAGUGCCUUGAUUUUUCACCGCUACAAACAAAUGGACUUGCCUAAUCCAUGCUUGGACCUGACGUGUGAAUUCAUCUGUUUACUCAACCCUUCUGGUGCAACGUGUGCUUGUCCAGAAGGAAAAUCAUUGAUGAAUGGAACAUGCAUUGAUCAGAGCCUCUUAGAUGACAGCUGUAAAUUAAGCUGUGAGAACGGAGGGAAGUGCAUUAUCAACGAGAAGGGGGAUCCUCGGUGCCACUGCUGGCCCAGCUACUCUGGUGAAAGGUGUGAAACCAAUCACUGCUACAACUACUGCCAGAAUGGAGGAACUUGCGGGGCCUCUCUCCUUGGCCGGCCGACCUGCAGUUGUGCUCUGGGCUUCACGGGGCCGAGCUGCAAUCAGACAGUGUGCGAGCGCUUCUGCCACAACGGGGGCAGCUGCGGGGUCACUGCUGGGAACCAACCCUUCUGUGCCUGCCUGCCCGAGUACACGGGGGACAGGUGCCAGUACUAUGUUUGCCACCACUACUGCGUGAAUUCGGAAUCGUGCACGAUCUCUGACGAUGGGAGUGUGGAAUGUGUGUGCCCAGUGCGGUUUGAAGGUCCAAAAUGUGAGGUGGACAAGUGCCUGAGGUGCCACGGGGGACACUGCAUCAUAAACAAGGACAGCAAUGACAUAGUGUGCAAUUGCACUAAUGGAAAGAUUGCCUCUACCUGUCAGCUGUGUGAUGGCUACUGCUACAAUGGUGGUACCUGUCAGCUGGACCCYGAGACAAAUAUCCCUGUCUGUCUAUGCUCAGCCAACUGGUCAGGCACGCAGUGUGAGAGGCCAGCUCCCAAAAGCAGCAAGUCUGACAACAUCAGCACAAGAAGUAUAGCAAUCAUUGUUCCCCUCGUUCUGCUGGUGACUUUGAUCACUACUCUGGUAAUUGGACUAUUUCUUUGCAAAAGAAAACGAAGGACAAAAACUAUCAGAAGACAACCCAUGAUAAAUGGAGGAAUCAAUGUAGAAAUCGGCAAUCCAUCAUAUAACAUGUAUGAGGUGGGCCAYGACCACAGUGAAGGUGGUCUCUUAGCCCCAGAUUUUACUCUAAAUGCAGAAAAGCCAACGAAUUACGCCAAUCCAGUAUAUGCAAAGUUAUACGUGGAUGGACAAAACUGUCGAAACUCCUUAGCAAGCGUCGAUGAAAGAAGAGAACUUCUUCCAAAGAAAAUAGAUAUUGGGAUAAGGGAGACUGUGGCAUAAUCUGCUGUUACCUUUUAUACUCUGUAUAAAUGUAUAAAAUAUAAGGAUUACUUUUCUAUGUACCAACAGUAUUAUAAUUGUUUUGGCAUCAGCAUUACCUCUGUUUUUUGUUUGGUUGAUUGUUUUCUGGGUUUUUCUUUUGCUGAUGACUUUUGACUGACCAUUUGUAAGGUAUUUUUAUGAAAAAGAAACUGCACUACGGUAAAAUUUACAACAAUGCUGCUGAAAUAACACACCUUUAAAUUUGUUAAAAUGGCAAACAACAUAUUCGUUUGUAGCGUGAAAAUGAGCAAUCUAUUUUCUAUGAACUUUUUUGGUUCUACUUAAUCGAUGAAGAUGGUAUCUGCACUUUUUCAUUAUGUAGUCUGGAAGCUGUAGUACAGUGUGUAAUUUUGUUUAUUUUAAAUGGUGAAAGAAUGAUUGAAUGGUCUACUCUCUUCUUUGUGCCCAUUAGAACUUCUCUUCAGAUCCUGAUGAAGCUAGAUAACUUUUCACAAACAAGCAUAACUUGCUUUUAAAUUAGCUUUAGGUUGCCAAGAAGUAAACGAGACUAUAGAAGUGAAACAUCUAAUGAUCUGCAUGAACACAAUGAUUAUGUUUCAGAAAUUCAGUGACUGUACAUGAUAUACUAAACAUAUAUACCAUGUAAACAAGCUUUGUAUUUAUUAAAACCUUAUAGAACAUAGUAACGAUAUAUCUUGGAAGCGGAAACCUUACUUGCUGUGGGACAAAAGCAUACGAACUCCAACAGUCCUGUAGGACAGUAGCCACCCUAGAGCACAAGAGGGCAUUGCCUACACAUGCUUUACAUGUUUAUUCACUUAAUCACAAUCAGUAUGUAUGGAUUAAUAACUCCCCRAGCAGUAGGGAAGAAGCCAGACCCCAAACCUUAAGCACACUCAGAUGAUCACARCAUUCGGUUUUGACAAUCACGAGAAAACCCUCGCACCUGUUUAGUGACAUUAAAGGGUUCAAAACACAGCAGUUUCUUUAAAUUAAGAUAAACUGUGAUAUUGUGGAGGUAAAACGAGCCUAACUGCAUAUUAGUGAAACCUUAGCAAAGCCCACGUUUCUGUAGUCUGGGUUAAAUGUCRAAGUCCAAGUAUCAAAAGUGAAAAGCAUCAGUAUCAGUUUCCAGCACUUCUCYGACCUGGUCUGUUUUCUGUUGUUGCAAAGAAGCAAAAUCCGAAUCAACUUUUUUAAUUUUGAUGGAAAUAAAGAAUGCAAUUACUUUCAGGUUUGAACUGAAUCAAAAUAUUUUAUACAUAACUUUAAAGGCACAAAAGAUGUAUUCACACAUAUACUGCAGAGGACCCUUCCUUCCUCUGCUAGACAUGACUGACUUUUAGCUAUCAUAAUAUAUUAACCUAACAGAUUAAAUAUGUUUGUGGUUGCUCUUUAUUCCCUUUGUACAAGCAUUACAAAAAUAACUGCUGUUUUAUAAGAGAUUUUUGUUGUACUAUUGUGCAUGCAUACUACCUAUUUCUAAACUUUGCCAUAUUGGGGCCUUUAUAAAACUCUUGAUUUAUGUAAUACUAGUGCAAUUUUGCUUGAACGAUGUUAUGCAUAUCAUAAACUUUUUCAGGUUCUUGUUUAAGUACAUUUUUUUAAAUUGAACAGUAUUUUUCAUUUUGGUUAUAAUAGUCAUUUUGCCUAUGUUUCUACAAUGAAGUGUUAAAUACUUUAUAAAAAAAAUUGUUGACUGAUUUAUUUAAAUGAAAAUCUACAUACUUAAUUCAGUGUGUUGACUAAUUUUUAAAUUUAACUUMUAAAAUGAAAGUUAAAGAAAGAGCAAAUUGAAGCAAAAGAACAUUACUUUGUACAGAUGGCUAAAUCCCUUUUCUUAAAGAAAAUUUUUGCUUUUGAUACAAAUUCUCUUUGAAUGUUUUUGCAGCYCUGCACGUGUUUGGAUAACUUAGGUGUAUAGCUGUAUAUUAAUGUCAAUAGAACUUUAAAGCUAUUAUUUUUUCUAUCAAAGUACUGUAUUAAAUAGUUUCAUACCACACAGCUAUGAUUCCACAGGUUCUGCAUUUUUUUUCUGCUGGCAUCACCAGAUGUGGAUUAGGCCCUCAUUUUUUUUCCACACUUAGAGUUGUUAUGAAACAUAAGUAGCUGGAAAUUUCAGUAAUACUCAUUUUCUGUCAGAGAAUUCUUUUGUCUUCAGUACUCAGAUAGACCUAAAUUUUAACUAGUGGGUACAAAAGUAACAUGAGUUUGAAAUCAUGAAUUCUUACAYGAGUCUGAGCAAUUUUACUUAUUGUGCUGUCUCUGUUUCCCUUCAGUGAGACAAUUUAUUUACUUUCUU